UGGUUUCGCGUGUGGUUUCGCGCGUUGUUGUGUUGUUCACAGAUUACUUGCUCAGUGGUUCCACAGAGUACCUUUUUAUAUGAGUGGUUCACAGGACACAGAGCAAGUAAUAUUGUUCACAGAGCAAGUAAUACCUAUAUUAUAUUGUUGGAAUUGUUUGUUUCGGUUUGGUUGGUGUGUUGUUUCUUGUGCGCUGUUUUUUUGGAUGAUCCCAAUUUCUCAAUUGACUACGACCCCAGCUUCGUCUUUUGGACUCCGUGACUGCUUUCCUACGAUUUGGCCUAUACUUCUGGACCUCGGUUUGCGAGAUUGACGACUUUUGCUGUGCACCCGGACUCUGUGAACUGCCUUAUGUUUGGAAUCUGUCUGCAUUGAAAACCAUGGCGCCUGGGCGUAAAUGUACCUACUUUGGCUGUAAUAACACCAGUUCAGAAUUUUCAAUGUUCCGGUUCCCUAUAAAAGAUAAAAGUCGACUGAAACUAUGGCUUCAAAAUGCUGGAAACAUGAAUUUAAGCCACUUGACAGAAGAUGAGCUAUAUAACAGAUAUAUCUGUGAAGUCCAUUUUGAGCAUUGUGAUAUAAAAAAGACCACUGCGUUUCGACCAGUACUGGAAAAAACAGCUGUACCAAUAUGUGCUAUAUCACCAGAACAUUUAAAAGUUGAAACACCUGUAAAAGAGUCCAGCAAUAAAAGCAAAUUACAGUCUGGAGAAGGGAACAUUAAUAACUCAGGCCCCGGAACCACAGACACAAUAGAAAAUCUAUUGUGUCGUGGACCAAUGGGGCCGCUUGGGUCUCAAUGGGUUAAUAAACCAACAGAUCCAGAGUACAAUUUUAGUAUGCCUAGAAAAACCAAGGAUCUUUGUUUGUCUGAGUCUCCGCAAAAAACCAUUCUUAAACUUAAAGAAAGCAUGACAUAUUAUGUAAAGAAAAUAAAAAGUAACAAUAUAACUAUUAAAAGAAUGAAAAAUAAAAUUUCAGGAAAAAAAUUUAUAGAUAUAGACAAUUUUGAAUUCAAAAGUGAGAAUGCUAAAAUCUUUACAAAAAUGCAGCUGAGAAAACGACAAAUAAAAUGGAAAACUUCUGAAAAAAAAUUCUGCUUGUCCUUAUAUUAUAAGUCUCCAUCAAUGUACAGGCAUCUUAUAAAGAUAGGUCUUAUUUUGGCCCCGCUAAGUACAAUUAAAAGGUGGAAGCAAAGAAAUAGCUCCUUCCCUGAUGUACCAAACUUGUUUUGAAAAUGUGAAAAUAAUAAAACUUGAACAUGCUUCAAUUAAAGAGAAGUGAAUUUAGUUUACACAUGUUCACGCUCGCCUAACUUCGUUUUCCUCGGCAACGUUUUGACGGACGCUGUCAAAGCGUUGGUUCACCCGUGGUUGACCCACGCUGGUGGAAACAAUUUUUUAUUAUCUAUGUUGAGAUUGGAACUGGGUGUAAUAAUAAUUAUUAUUUUUAUAUAAGAGGUACCUAAAAGAGACCGAUUAUUCUUCUAAGUACAAAUACCAAUCCUAAGUAUUAAAGACUCUUUAAUGAAGAGAAAGAUCUCAAAAUACCAAUACUUAGUAUUUAAAGUAAAAGUUACAAUUACU